CAUGUGUCAUGCAUAUAAUGCCAGCCUGCUGCAGAGUUAUACGCGUUACUAAUUAUUUUCUCCUGUUCUUACUGAACUGAUUUGAAAACAGACUGGGUAAAGCGGUAAAGGAAAUCACGCAAAAUGUUGUCAGUAAUGAGGAAUGUUCGAAUUGCUCAGGGCCUUAUUCGCCGACAGUGCAUGGCGGCUUCCCAAGUCCAGGCCCGGCAUGCGUCAGGUCGUCAACUCAACACAGUCAUUUUGUUUGUACCACAGCAGGAAGCAUGGGUCAUCGAGAGAAUGGGCAGAUUCUACAAAGUUCUCAGUCCGGGUUUGAAUUUCCUGAUACCGGUGUUGGACAAGAUCAAAUAUGUCCAGAGCUUGAAGGAAAUUGCCAUCGAUAUUCCCGAGCAGAGUGCUAUUACAAAUGAUAAUGUGACCUUACGUAUAGAUGGCGUGCUUUACUUGAGAGUAGUGGAUCCAUACAAGGCAAGUUACGGUGUCGAGGAUCCCGAGUAUGCCGUCACCCAACUGGCCCAGACCACAAUGAGAUCAGAGAUAGGAAAGAUCACACUGGACUCUGUCUUUAAAGAAAGAGAGUCACUCAAUGUCAGUAUAGUGGAGGCCAUCAACAAUGCAGCAGUACAGCCGUGGGGCAUCAAGUGCUUACGGUACGAGAUCAAGGACAUCGAGCUGCCCAAGAAGGUCCAGGAGGCCAUGCAGAUGCAGGUGGAAGCAGAGAGGAAAAAGAGAGCUGUGGUCUUACAGUCUGAAGGUGUUCGAGAGUCCGAAAUCAAUGUGGCGGAGGGUAAAAAACGAGCCAAGAUUCUGGAAUCAGAGGCCGUCAAGGCAGAGCAGAUCAACAAGGCCUCCGGUGAGGCCCAGGCCAUCAUCGCCAAGGCCAAUGCUCGGGCCGAUGCCCUCAGGGUUGUGGCAGAGGCCAUCGGCCAAAAGGACGGCAACAAUGCAGCGUCGUUGAAUGUAGCUGAGCAGUACGUGGCAGCAUUCAGUAACUUGGCCAAGACGGGCAAUACAAUACUUCUGCCAUCUAACACCGGCGACAUCAGUAGCAUGGUUGGACAGGCCAUGGCCAUCUACGGCAACCUGAGCAACCAGCCCAGGGUCCUCUCACCUCACCCAGUAGAGGGGCUCCCUGAAUCCUCCCAAGAUGGUGUACCAACCGAGAUCAGGUCAGCAGAGAAGGACCUCCAGAGGAACAUUGAGCAGCAGGAGGCCGAAAUCAGGACACGACACGAGACUUUACCCAAAGACAUCUGACCCCCCCCCCGAAGCUCAUAGUGUAGUUUGAAUGACUAGAUUGGUGGCUUUCAAAAGAGGAGGAUGCAAAUUAAACAGGAGGUAGGCUUGAGGUUUACCUCGAGGGUUGAUGAGGUUUACUUGGGUUUUCACUUGUGGGAAAACCUCAAUUUACUCCUUGUUUGAUUUUUGAUUUUGCCCUCUUCCUUUUCAAGUUCACAGCUUUGAUAUAUUGUCCCGAGAAUUUGUGUAAUAUAUCAUGUUUAUAUUUUACGUCACUCAGAGGUAUACGAGGACACACGUGGUCAACAUGAAAAGCACUGUCACUAUUGCAGAAUGCAUAGGAUUUAUACAUGUGCCUGUUUUGCCCCUCGUGUUCACUGACAAUAGGUGACUAUUGGAUGUAGUCAUAGCACUGGAAGCCUGUUUUGAACACGGCCUAAAGCAGAAAGUAUUGCUCAGUGAAUGGGCUUUAUUCAGGAGUCGGCCAUAUUGAAAUUGAAAGCAAGGGGAAUUCUUCACUUUUGAAACCUGAUAGCAUCAAUAAAAGAAAGGAAAUGAAA